CUGAAAAUUUUGACCCUAAAAAUCUAAAAUCUAGAAAAAUCUGAACUAAACGUCCGCCCCUAGAUCUACUCAAACCACGACAACACGAAUCGAUGCCCGUCUUCCUCCGACGUAGAAGAAAAAAGACGCCUUCUCUUGAACCUACUACAUCCUUUAAUCACCUCUAACUUCUUUUUUUAGUUCUUUUUUCCACGGAGUAUUCCUUAACGCCGGCGCUAAAUAUAACCGGUUUCAUUUUUUCUGGGAAGAGAGUUUAUUUGUGCUUAUCUAUUUGAAAUGAGACAAGGAUCAUGCUCUGAAGAAGUCUGCUUCGACUUGUUGAAUCAGUUGGAGCAUCUUCUUGAAUCUGACCCUUUCAUUGAUGAAGUUGGGUUUAUUCACCCCUCACAGUUCACGGUGCUUGAUAAAGAAUCAGGAUCCUCCACCUCAACAAGUUUCUGGAAUCAAGAUCAUAAACUGGGAAUAUCAACAGAUAUACUUAUCCAGUUAUGUAAAGUUGCAAAACAUGCCUUCCUGUCUGCUUUUAAGGAGUACAAAUCCCAUGGGGUUGUGGUGGUGGUCUCUUGUUCCCUUGAGAGCAGAGUCAUGAAACAUAGCCAAGCUCUUUUGCUGUUAAGCUCAGACUUUGGAACUGCAUGGAACGCCAGGAAGUUGAUCUUGUCGAAACAAGAUCAACCCUUGGUGGCAUUCGCGGAAGAACUUCGUCACUCUAAGCUCGUUCUUUCUAAUUGUCCAAAGAGUGAGCCAACUUGGAGUCACAGAAGAUGGAUAAUUAAGAUGAUUUCUCGGAGUUUUUCCACGCCACAACUACAAGAAAUUAUCACCAAAGAGUCUGAGCUAGUGGAAUCAAUAGGCGAGAGAUCAAAGAUGAACUACCGUGCAUGGUAUCACCGUUGCUGGCUGGUUUCCUACAUGACAACCCAGCAGGUACUAGAAGAGUUGAACAAAUCUAAAAGGUGGGCAGGACUGCAUGUAGCCGAUAGUUCAUGCUUCCAUUAUCGCAGACGGCUGUUACUGAAGGUUUUGGAGACACAUAAUGUGGAAGGAAGCAACGCUUUUGAUAAAGCUGAGGCACAUAAGAUCUGGAUGGAAGAGCUUGAUUGGAACAAAGAGUUGGUAGUACGUUACUUGGGCCGAGAGGCACUAUGGCUUCACCGGCGAUUCCUCUCUCUUAAUAGGAUAAUGCAUUUCGGACGCAAUCAGUCAUCUGAAACCGGACAGAGUAUGGUCAUGAAUGAAGAAAUUGUCACCUUCAUUGAUAACGAGAUCCAUCUUGUAGAAUCUUCCAUGACGGUUCCAGAUACCAAGUUUGAAGAUUUUCAAGCUCAAGCAUUGCAUGCUGCUGUCUACAUGCUAUGGCUAUCAAAACAUAUUCCAGAGUUGUGGAGAAUGCUUGAGGAGAAGCUUGGAACGGAGAAAAUCAAGUGUGUACUGAACACAGUUGCUCACGAGAGACCCUUUUUGCACCAACUAGAUAUUUUUGCAGCUGAUCGUGAGUACUGAUAAAUAUAUGUUAAGCGUUGUUGUUGUAAGGUUUCAAUAUAUGGAAAUAAAAGUUCAGUUUUAAUAACUACGUGAUGUCCACAUAAACAAAAAAGAUUUGAGUAAGAUCAAUCUUUUGCUU